AGCGAAGGGAGGAGGAAAGCAAGGACUGAGAGAAGCCAGAGCGUGGCUCCGAUGCCAGUUAACCUGCUGGAGCUCAUCCUGCUCGCUAGAGCCCCUGCACCGACUCACCCAGGACCCUCUCUCCUUCCUCCUUCACCUUCUUUCCCCUUUUCCCCUCCUUUUCUCACUGCACGCUCCACCUACCUCUUCACUUUCGAGUCCGACCAGAGGACGAAUGAGGAAGCCAUUCCCUCAAAUUGGGGCAGCAACUUUCCUCAGCAGGUCUCUUGGCUGCUGGAGCAGGUGCGCGCGGACCCUCCGCGGUCUGCGGCCCAUGGAGGAGGAGAGAGAGGAGCAGUGAUGGGCUAGCGGCUGAAGCCAGGAGCCCCCAGCGAGCCCAGCAAAGCCAUCCGGCACCGCGUUCCCACGUCCGUUCUCUCAUCUCUCUCCGAAGGGACCGCUCGGGGUGCAGUCGCCGAGCAUCCCAGGAGGAUGAGGCGGGACCCGGCCGGAGCGCGCAGCAUCUCGCGGGCGUGCGGCAGUGGCUGGGUCAUGGCAUGAAUUAAGAAGCUAGGAAGAUGGAGCGCCGCACACUCCUCAUCCAGCCCGGGCUCUGGUCCAGGGACACCAGCUGGGCACUCCUCUAUUUCCUCUGCUACGUCCUCCCCCAGACCGCCCCGCAAGUACUCAGGAUCGGAGGGAUUUUUGAAACUGUGGAAAACGAACCUGUUAAUGUUGAGGAAUUAGCAUUCAAGUUCGCAGUGACCAGCAUUAACAGAAACCGAACCCUGAUGCCCAACACCACAUUAACCUACGACAUCCAGAGAAUUAACCUUUUUGAUAGUUUCGAAGCCUCCCGGAGAGCGUGUGACCAGCUGGCUCUUGGUGUGGCUGCUCUCUUUGGUCCUUCCCACAGUUCCUCGGUCAGUGCUGUGCAGUCUAUUUGCAAUGCUCUCGAAGUUCCACACAUCCAGACCCGCUGGAAACACCCUUCGGUGGACAACAAAGACUUGUUUUACAUCAACCUCUACCCAGAUUAUGCAGCUAUCAGCAGGGCCAUCCUGGAUUUGGUCCUUUACUACAACUGGAAGACAGUGACUGUGGUGUAUGAAGACAGCACAGGUCUAAUUCGCCUGCAAGAGCUCAUCAAAGCUCCCUCCAGAUAUAACAUUAAAAUCAAAAUUCGCCAGCUGCCCUCUGGGAACAAAGACGCCAAGCCUUUACUCAAGGAAAUGAAAAAGGGCAAGGAGUUCUAUGUGAUAUUUGAUUGUUCACAUGAAACGGCCGCCGAAAUCCUUAAGCAGGUUCUGUCCAUGGGCAUGAUGACUGAAUACUACCACUACUUUUUCACGACCUUGGACUUAUUUGCUUUAGAUCUGGAACUCUAUAGGUACAGUGGCGUAAACAUGACUGGGUUUCGGCUGCUAAAUAUUGACAACCCCUAUGUGUCAUCCAUCAUUGAGAAGUGGUCCAUGGAGAGACUGCAGGCCCCACCUAGGCCUGAGACUGGCCUUUUGGAUGGCAUGAUGACAACUGACGCGGCUCUGAUGUACGAUGCUGUGUAUAUGGUGGCUAUCGCCUCCCACCGGGCUUCCCAGCUGACCGUCAGCUCCCUACAGUGCCAUCGCCACAAGCCAUGGCGCCUUGGACCCAGGUUUAUGAACCUGAUUAAAGAGGCUCGGUGGGAUGGCUUGACUGGGCGUAUCACCUUCAAUAAAACCGAUGGCUUGAGGAAGGAUUUUGAUCUGGACAUUAUUAGUCUCAAAGAGGAUGGAACUGAAAAGGCUGCUGGAGAAGUGUCUAAACACUUAUAUAAAGUGUGGAAGAAGAUUGGGAUUUGGAACUCCAACAGUGGGCUUAACAUGACGGAUGGUAACAGAGACAGGUCCAACAAUAUCACUGAUUCACUGGCUAACCGAACGCUCAUCGUCACCACCAUUCUGGAAGAACCCUAUGUAAUGUAUAGGAAAUCUGACAAGCCUCUAUAUGGAAAUGACAGAUUUGAAGGAUAUUGCCUGGACCUUUUGAAGGAAUUGUCAAACAUUUUGGGUUUUAUUUAUGAUGUUAAACUUGUCCCUGAUGGAAAAUAUGGAGCCCAAAAUGACAAAGGAGAGUGGAAUGGAAUGGUCAAAGAACUUAUAGACCACAGAGCUGACCUGGCGGUGGCUCCUCUUACCAUCACCUACGUGCGGGAGAAAGUCAUUGACUUCUCCAAGCCCUUCAUGACCCUGGGCAUCAGCAUUCUCUACCGGAAGCCCAAUGGUACCAAUCCAGGAGUCUUCUCCUUUCUCAACCCCCUGUCUCCUGACAUUUGGAUGUAUGUGCUCUUAGCCUGCUUGGGAGUCAGUUGUGUACUCUUCGUGAUUGCAAGGUUUACACCCUACGAGUGGUAUAACCCCCACCCAUGCAACCCUGACUCAGACGUGGUGGAAAACAAUUUUACUUUACUAAAUAGUUUCUGGUUUGGAGUUGGAGCUCUCAUGCAGCAAGGAUCAGAGCUGAUGCCUAAAGCUCUAUCGACCAGAAUAGUUGGAGGGAUAUGGUGGUUUUUCACCCUAAUCAUCAUUUCAUCCUACACUGCCAAUCUGGCCGCCUUCUUGACAGUAGAGAGAAUGGAAUCCCCCAUAGAUUCAGCAGAUGAUCUGGCAAAGCAAACCAAGAUAGAAUAUGGGGCGGUCAGAGAUGGAUCGACAAUGACUUUCUUCAAGAAGUCAAAGAUAUCUACCUAUGAGAAGAUGUGGGCUUUCAUGAGCAGCAGGCAGCAGACCACCCUGAUAAAGAACAGCGAUGAAGGGAUCCAACGCGUACUCACCACUGACUAUGCCCUGCUGAUGGAGUCCACCAGCAUCGAGUAUGUGACGCAGAGGAACUGCAACCUCACUCAGAUCGGGGGCCUCAUUGACUCCAAAGGUUAUGGAGUGGGAACACCUAUAGGCUCUCCUUAUCGGGACAAAAUUACGAUUGCUAUUCUCCAGUUGCAAGAAGAGGGGAAACUGCACAUGAUGAAAGAGAAGUGGUGGCGGGGAAAUGGCUGCCCUGAGGAAGACAGCAAAGAGGCCAGUGCUCUGGGAGUCGAAAAUAUUGGGGGCAUCUUCAUCGUUCUGGCUGCCGGACUGGUCCUUUCUGUAUUUGUAGCCAUCGGAGAAUUUAUAUAUAAAUCGCGGAAGAACAAUGAUAUUGAACAGGCUUUUUGUUUCUUUUAUGGACUGCAGUGUAAGCAAACCCAUCCAACCAACUCCACUUCUGGAACCACUUUAUCUACGGAUUUAGAAUGUGGCAAAUUAAUUCGAGAGGAGAGAGGGAUUCGGACACAGUCCUCAGUUCAUACUGUCUAAUUGGUUAAAAAAAAAAAGUGUGCCCAGUAGAAAUUAUUUCUCCUAAUUGGUGUCGUUGAUGCUAUUGGUAUUUACUAAGCAUAAAUAUUCAUAAUUCUCUAUCCCUUUAAGAUAGCAAAACUCACGUACUGUAGUCAUUAAAUCGAAUGCACUGAAAACAGAUGUGCAUUGUGUUGAAACAGGCAUAUUAGGGGUAUAUGGACUACAACAUAUGUGUGUAUACAGGAAUCUGUAAUACCAUCAAGUUCUCUUAGCUCUAUCUCCAAGCAUUAAAAAUAAGCAACUCUUAUCUCAUAAAAAAAAAAGUAGACUCAUAUAUUAAACAGUGCAAAACAUGAAAACAAAAUGCUAAUUUUGUGGAAUAUUUUUCAUUUUGUGAACUUAUUUUCUCCUAUUUCCUUCUCCCUAUCCCAAAUGUUCUAUAGGUCCGCACACUUUCAAAUAACCCAAAGCCCUAUUUUUCCAUUGUUAACUCCAUAACAAUGUUAAUUUUUAAUACAAAUUUAUUUUGGUAUUUAAAACAGACUAUUAAAACAUACUAUUCAAAGAUGUCUUAGAUUUUAAAGAUUCAAAAAUGUGAUCCAGAAAAUGAAAACGAAACUUGAAACCUCUGAUGUCACAGAAGAGCAUGAGCUAAGUUGAACACAUCACUCAGGAAGGCACGAAAUAGUCAAGAAUGAUUCCCGGGUAGAAAUUCAUUAAUAUCAAGCUUUCAAGUAACAUUUGCUUGUAGAGUUGAACAAUUAUCUGUAGGUUCAGAAAGACAGUAUGCUCCAAGUCUCUAAGGAACUGUGAUUUUUUUUUUUUUUCUCGAGGUAUAUAUUAUUUCUUGCAAGCUUCAAGCAAAGGCCUAAGCUAGGAAUUAAUGCAUAGCAUCUUCCACUUUCCACUCGCUCACCCUCACCCUUUGCAUUAAUGAACAUCUUUUCACGAGAUGUUAUUUCAUUCCCUUCCCACUCACUCCAGACAGAGUGGUUGUUCUUGAAGCAAUCUUUUCCGAGCAUUGUGACUUUCACACUCAUUUCUCUGGCUCCUUUGCCGUUAUCGAUUCAUUCCAAGCGCAUUGGAGAGAAGGGCAAGGAGGAGAAAAUAAAGGAAAGAAUUUCCAUACACAUUAGUUACGGAUCUCUGUAGAUUUAUUUUCCACCUGCAUUCAAAGUGCUGUAAAUAAUUCCCACUCUAACUCAGCUUGGUGACAUAGAAAACCAACUGCAUAUUUAAUUUGCUGUGACUGAGGAUGUCUGCUGUCCCUCUGGGCUUGUUUCUUCUUCACAGUGAGUAGGAGAAUUGAAGAUGCCUUUUAUCUUCCCCCAAUACGGGAUCAGUUGUUCUUUGUUCUCCUUAAUGGGAUUACCUUUUGACAUAUGAAGUGACCGCACAAAACAUAUUUCUCAGAAGUAGAAAUAUGCCAUCUGUGCAUUCAUGUAACAUUUUACCUUCUCUUUGCUUAACUUUUAAUGGGUUCCAAUUUUUGAAUCACAAGUCUCUCCAAUCAAGUCUAUACUCCUCUAGUAAAGCGUGUUCAGGAAAUUUGACUCUUGCCCUGUUUGUUUCUCAGUUUCUCUUUCUUCUUUAAAUAAAUGUGCUUUUAAGAAAACAUUUGUAAAUUACAACAACAUUUAUUUACUCUUAUUGAAGUGAAAGCAACAUAAUGUUUGCUCUAGUUCCAAGUUCACAUUUU